AUGACAAAAAAUAAAAUUGAUCUCAAGGUAGUACUUUUAGGUUAUGCAUCUGUCGGUAAAACAUGUAUAGUCUAUAGAGAAAUGUAUAAUCAAUUUGGUGAUACACAUACAACCAUAGGAGGAGCUUUUUCGAGCAAAAGAGCAGUUGUUGGUGAUACUGAAGUUUUAUUAGGUAUUUGGGAUACUGCAGGUACUGAAAGAUAUCAAGCUGUAAAUAGAUCAUAUUAUCGUAGAGCGAAUGCUGCUAUUGUUUGCUAUGAUUUAACUAAUAGCGAAACUUGGGAAAAAGUUACUUUUUGGGCAGAGGAGCUAACCCAAAACGAACCAGAUAUCGAAAUUUAUAUUGUUGGUACAAAAUUAGAUCUAAUUCAACAUGGUGAACAAAGAGCAAUUCCAAAUAUAAGGGUUGAAGAAACAGCAAAGAGAUAUAAUGCCCAUAUUUUCGAAACCUCAUCAAGAACUGGCGAGAAUGUAUCUUUAUUAUUCCAAACCAUAGCCGAAAAUUUUUGUAAAAAAACCAAUAAUGGUACCAACCUUCCAAAUCAUAAUAAUAAUAAUAGUAUAGGUAAUAGUGUAAAAGUAGACCAAAAAUCAGAAAAAGAAAAAGGAGGAUGUUGUUAA